AUGUCUCGCGGGUCCGAUUACUACACAAUGAUGGUCAUGUCUUCGUCAAAUGAUCCAAACAACCGCGUGACCUCCGGUGGUUCGUACGGCAUACAGCAGACACCUGCUGCAACACUGACAGGUCCGUGGCAGACCGUGACAGAUGCAAACAGCAAUGAAAGCCAUAACAAGCAGAGUGGCGGGGCAGGGACCAGGAGCAACAGCCGUCGUUACACGCAUAACCCCUAUGCAUCGCGCUCAGUGACUCCGUCUUGCAGCUCAACCAAUACUUCUGGACUGAUAAACUCCUCCCAUGAUACUAGUUAUGAAGGCUCGCUGCAAAACUAUAGCAAUGGUUGUGUGCGUGAGGCCAGCAGCACGGAGGCAUUUGUGAUGGCCAACAACCUCUUGGAGCAACUCCUUGCUGUGGUGGGAAAUAUCCCGGCGACGGCGUGUACUUUACCCGGCCGUCACCUCCUUGUCUCAGUGCUUCGUCUGCAGCACAUGGACAAGACACAGAUUAUUCUUGAUGAGCUUCUUCCUCAGUUCGGUAGGGUGGUGCUGGACCCUCAGGGUUGUCAUGUGGUGCGUGCCCUUGUUGAGGCUAUCUCAACAGAGCUGAUGGAGGCACUGGUGCCACACUUUGUACCUGAGAUCGUUCUUGAACUGGCUGUCAGCUCGCAGCACACUCGACGAGUUUUGCAGAGUAUUUUUGAGCGUCACAAGAGUGACGCUCUGACUCCCAUUGUGGCGAUAAUCGCCCAAAACAGUCGUCGACUGGCUGUCUCUCAACAGGGGUGCAUUGCUGUCAUACGUACCAUUGAGAAUACCCUGCCGCAUCAACAACAUUCAUUGAUAUCGAUGCUGCUGCCUGUGUUGCCAACCCUCACGAUGAACUGCUACGGUAACUAUGUUGUUCAGUGUCUUUUGCAACACAUGGAUCAUGAUUCCGUUAUUUCAGUCGUUUGCCACGCCUUUGCCGGGCAUUGGGUGGCACUCUCUCGAAAUAAGUUCGCUUCCAAUGUUAUUGAGAAGGUGGUGUGGCAGCUCUACGGUCCUGCGCGGCGAUGCCUGGUGGAAGAGCUUGUCAUAGAUUCUGCCAACCUCAAGUGUCUUAUGCAGGAUUCUUUUGGGAACUUUGUGCUACAGGCAAUCAUUGACUCCUCCAAUGACGCGGAGGAGUUCCGCGAGAUAUCAAGCCGUGUCCGGCCACUCCUGCAUACAAGCCCGUAUGGGCACAAAAUUGAGAAUAGAUUACAGGGGGGACUUGUGCGCGCACUCCGGAUGGCGCCGUGCCCUCAGGACAACUACGCUGUCCACUCCAAUGACGAAUGA